GUUUGUUUCUUUCUCGUGUAAUACAUUGUAUUGUGGAUGCCUUUCGCUGCCGUAUAAAACCCACGACCGCAGAAUCCCAAACCGAAACCGGAACUAAAACCUCGCUACAGCUCGCUGCAACUGAAACAAUAGUUUCAUUCGCAAAAUACUCUUCUUUCUGUCACCGAAGAAUCUCAGCACUGUGCAAAUCCUAUUCGUUGCUUCAUUCGCUGAUUCUCUUUAACCGCAUUCGUCCUUCCUACUGCUUUGUAUUUUUGUCAAGGUUUUAAAUUACGGUCUACAAACACAGUAUAAUGGUUUUGGAGAUCUCUGCAACUGCAUCACUACUGCAAUUGUGGCUGCACCAAUCACAAUUUAGGUUUUCAUCCAGGUUCAGAUUCUAGUUGAUUAGUUGUCCUGACUCUAAUUGGAAAGAUGGGUAGCACAUUUAAUCCACAGAUUUUAGUGGAAAAACUAGCCAAGCUGAAUGGUUCACAAGCAAGCAUAGAGACUUUGUCACAUUGGUGUAUUUUUCAUAUGAACAAAGCCAAACAGGUUGUUGAAACAUGGGAUAGGCAAUUUCAUGGUUCUCCACGUGAGAAGAGAUUAGCAUUUCUGUAUCUCGCAAAUGAUAUUUUACAGAACAGCAGGCGAAAAGGUUCUGAAUUUGUAGGUGAAUUCUGGAAGGUUCUUCCAGAUGCUCUUCGAGACGUGAUUCAAAAUGGAGAUGAUUUUGCUAGGAAUGCGGCACUUCGACUGAUUGUUAUAUGGGAAGAGAGGAAAGUCUUUGGUUCUCGUGGUCAAAUUCUCAAGGAAGAGUUUGUUGGGAGGAAUGUGGAAAACACUAGUCGAGAUGUGAAGCCUACAAACAUGAAGAGGCCAUCUGCAGGGAAUGCAUUGGAGAAAAUAGUUUCAGCUUUCCAUGUUGUUUAUGGAGGGCAAAAAGAUGAAGACGCCAUAUUGAGCAAAUGCAGGAAUGCCAUUAACUGUCUUGAUAAAGCAGAUAAAGAAAUAGUUUCAGGGCAAUUUGGUGGAUCGGCACUGGUAGAUGAGCUCCAGGGGCAUAAUUCUGUACUGAAGGACUGCAUUGAGCAGUUAACGGCCAUAGAGUCAUCAAGGACUAGUCUUGUGUCUCACUUGAGAGAAGCUCUUUAAGAUCAGGAAUUCAAGCUGGGUCAAGUCCGUAGCCAGAUUCAGGCUGCAAAUGUUCGGUCAGAUCGGGCGUCCAACAACUGCCAACAGUUACUUAAUGGCAAUAAUAUUCAGUCGUUAGCUGAACAGAGCUCAAAGGAAAUUCAAACCUCCAUGUCAUCUGCAAGUUUUAGUAUUAUUUCUAGUGAAGGGGAGCAAUCUGCUCCAUUGAUGUACACCCCACAAGCGUCAUUUUCUCAGAAAUCUGGACACAUUGAGGAAGAUCCACGCAAGUCUGCAGCUGCAGCAGUGGCAGCAAAAUUGACCGCUUCAACAUCCUCCGCGCAGAUGCUAUCAUAUGUGCUGUCCUCCCUAGCAUCAGAAGGUGUAAUAGGUAAUCAGUCAGCAGCCGAUUAUCACUCGGAGAAGAGGACCAAGCUCGAGAAUGACCAACCAUCUUUUAUGCCAUCUCAGAAUCCUCAACAACCACUUCCUCCCUUUUCUCUACCUGAUUCUAUUCAACACAAUGCUCCUACAACCAACCAGCAAUCUACUCCCAAUGAACCACCACCUCCACCCUCAUCAUCACCUCCUCCAUUGCCACCACCGCCACCACCACCAAUGUCACAGUACCCAGUGCCACAGUUUAUGCAGACUGCUGGAUCUAUUAGUAGUAUGGCAUACAGCUAUGGAAUGACACAACAGCCGACAAUGACGGCCUAUCCCGGUGUCGGUGCUUCCACUUUUACCCCUCCUCCAAUGGGUACAUAUCAAGGUUUUCAGGGUUCAGAUGGAAAUUACUAUAACCAGCCCUCAUCAAUGCCUAUGGCCCCAAUAUCUCGACAAUAAGAUUCCCGGUCGUUAUGGAGGUAAGGUUGCUUUGAAAAGCUUUCAUACCUCCUCCACCCAUAACCUUGCUAUGGGAAUCUGAUUCUUCCCACAGUCAGAUGUGCAGAUAGUAAAUGCUCUGUAACCUUUAGUUGUUGGGCUGGUACUAAUUUCCUCAAGUUAAAACAAUUUAUUGUGGUCCACCGAGGAUAACGGUUUUGUACUUUUAUUGAGUAGGGUUUUGUUUUUUGUAGAACAGAAUUUUUAUUGCCUUAUGGCUUAAUUAGAUGUGUGGUUUUGGAGGGCUGUAGGCAUGUCGUUGCUAGUGAAUCAGUUAGUCUGCUGGCAUAUCUUCUUAACAUCUGCAUCUCCGCUGACGGGCUGUUAUCUGUACAGACCUUGUGUUUGUAUUUUAUGGAUUUUAUAUAAUUGUGCACUGAGGACCCGCUCAAUUCUAAAA